AUGGGUGGUUGGGAGAUAGCGGACGACGACUGGGACGAUGCGCUCGGCGCCGUCGACGUCGACGCGAUAGUCGCCGCGAGGAGGAACGGACCACCAGCGGGCUCCAAUCAACCUCCGCAUCAGCAACCCCCGCCGCAGUCGCACCAGCCUCCGCAGCAGUGGCACCAGCCACCGCAGCAGUGGCAUCCGAACCAGUCUUGGCAACAGCGACAGCCCGCGAACCACCAGUGGGGAGGCGCGCCCCAGCAUCCCGCCGGCAACAACAACAACGCCGCGGGGUUCAGCGGCCACACCGGGUACAAGGGCGGGUUCAGCGGCCACGACGGACGCGGAAACGCCCGGGGGGCACCCAACAGGCCGAGAUCCAACUACUCGGGCCACCCCGAGGUUGACAGGGCGUUGGCGCGCGGCGGCUCGCAUCUUCCCCCGGACAGAAACCAGCGCACCGUGAACGACAUGUUCGCCAAGAAGACCGGCCCGCGGCAGGUGCCGUUCAGGCCGGGCGUCGAGGACAGGCAGAGGACGCUCGACUCCAUGUUCGGAGGCGGCGGCGGAGGCGGGCAUCGUCGUCAACCGGAGCCCCCCGGCUUCAGCGGUAACGCGCAGCCCCACGCACACGAGAUGCCCAUCGACCUCGACCACCCCGACGCCGGCCAUCACGAAGGCGACUACGGCGACAUCUUCGGCGGCGGCACGGCCCCGCAGUCAACGCGCGGAGGGACGCAGAACGGAUCCGACUCUCGAACACCCGCGAGCGGCGGCCGAGCCGACGCGGGUCUCACCCCGGGUCGCCUCGGCACCCCGAACUCGCAGGGUCUCGUCCCGUCCGAGGCUGGCGUGAUGCUGGACCCCGUCGCCGCGCAGACGUACGUGUACCCGGCGCAGCUCGUCCGGCGCGAUUACCAGUACCAGGCUGUGCGCAGGGCGCUGUACACCAACAGCCUGGUGUGUUUGCCGACGGGUCUGGGCAAGACGCUCAUCGCGGCUGUCGUGAUGUACAACUUCUACAGGUGGUUUCCCCAGGGGAAGGUGGUUUUCCUCGCCCCCACGCGCCCGCUGGUGGACCAGCAGAAGGCGGCGUGCAGCAACAUAUGCGGUAUACCCACCGAGGACACGUGCACGAUGAUGGGGAGCACGAAGAAGGACGAGAGCGGCACCCGCCGAACUUUCUGGCGCACCAAGCGGGUCUUCUUCUGUACGCCGCAGACGAUGGAGAACGACAUCAACUCCAGCGUUUGCCCCGCGAACGAGGUCGUCUGCGUGGUCAUCGACGAGGCGCACAGGGCCAAGGGUAACCAUUCGUACGUCGGAUGCAUCAGGAUGCUGUGGGACCGCGGGGUUAAAUUUCGGACCCUCGCGCUCAGCGCGACUCCGGGGAGAACCGUGCAGGACGUUCAGAAGGUGCUCGAGGCGCUCAACAUAGGGCGCAUCGACUUCAAAUCCGACCAGGACGAGGACGUUCGGAAACACACGCAUAACCGCAAGAUCGACAUGGAGCUCGUCAAGGCGACCAGCGCCCAGGAGGAGGUAUUGGAACAGCUGAGGGACGUCAUCCGGCCUAUUUUGAAAAAGGCGGUCAGCACCGGCACGCUGGGACAGGCCAGCCUUAUGAUGUCGAGGUUCAUGGAGGGGUCCAGCAAGGAGAUCCCCGCGGCGUAUACCGUACAAAUGGCGCAAAACGAAAGCAGGGCCAGUGGGGCGAACCCCGGGCAAAAAAAUUGGGCAUACAACAACCUGUGCAUGGCGUAUUACAUCGCGAGGAUCGCCGAGCAGCUCACCAAGUACUCCUCCCCGCAGAGCGCCAUGGACUACAUGGUGCAAAACGACCACAAGGCGUUCGUCGCCUCGCUAUACAACGACAAUAAUCCGCAGGCCCCGGUGAUGCGCAACGUCAAGGAUAUGCUCAGCUCGAUGGCGGGCAACGGAGCGCACCACUCCCCCAAAAUGGUCAGGCUUGAGCAGAUCAUCCGAAAACACUUUGCGAAGAACGAUCCGAACACGCGCGUCAUCGUGUUCACGUCUUUCAGGGACUCCGUUCACGACAUCGUCAGGGCGCUUCGUGAGGUGACCGUGGGUGGGCGCAUCGACGCCGUGGGCGAGCCGAAAAAGAAAGCCGAGAAUGGUCAGAAGUCUCUGACUGACAUGUUCAAGAAUGCGAAUGUCGGCGAGGAUAACAAGAAACCCGCAAACUCCAAUCCCAACCACACGGAGAGUCGGAUCAAGGUCGCGGAGUUCAUCGGCCAGGGCGACACCACCCGCGGCGGGGGCGGGGGCAAGGGUGCCGCGGGCGCCGGCCACGCCAGGGGAACCAGGGGCCAGACCCAGCAGCAGCAGCGCGACGUCCUCGACGCUUUCCGUAACGGCACCCUCAACACCCUGGUGGCCACGUCCAUCGGGGAGGAGGGCCUCGACAUCCCGAGCGUGGACCUAAUCGUAUUCUUCGACGUCGUCGACACCAUCCGCACGAUCCAGCGCAUGGGCCGCACGGGCAGGGCCCGCGACGGUAAGGUUGUGGUUCUCGCGCAGGAGGGCCGCGAGGCUGAAAAGUUCCGUCGCGAGCAGUCCUCCUACGACGUGCUCAUGCGGGCGCUGUGCGAACCCGAGCGCGUGUUCAAGCACUGCAACGACUGCCCGCGGAUGCUCCCCGCGGGUCUGAACCCCACCUGCGACCUGCGGGUGCUCGGACCGACCCCAGAGGAGCUCGCGGCGAAGAACGCGCCCAAAUCCUCCGGAAAGAAACGCAAGGGAACCGCCGGCUGCUCCUUCUCGGUCCGACCCUGGGACGCCCCGCUGUCCCACGUCGAGACCUCGCUCCUGUUCACGUACAAGCACCCGUCCGGGGCGGCGCACGCGUUGGACCUGAGCGCGUCCGCGCCCCUGCAGCGCAGACCCACCGCCGUGCACAGCGUGCGACACGGGGCGCUCUCCGUAGCGUUGAUGCGCGCCACGUGCGCCGCGCAGGAUCUACCGCCGCCGAGGGACGUGGAGGGGACGAUCAUCGCAUCCGGCGCGAUCGCGGGUAAAGAGGAGCGAGUCGCUCGGGAUGCGGCGGAGGAGGAACGCGCGCGGUCCGCGCGACGGGUGGCGGGGGACGAGGACGGUGAGAUGGAGGUUGUCGACCACACGCGGGACCGGCUACCGGAUGAGGCUUUCUACGCGCCGCCUCUGGACGAAUACGGGGACGGGUGGGAAGCGAACGCGUGCGAUGGGUUCGAAGAGUACGAGCUCGGACCGAUGAGCGGCGAGUACAUCGAGCCCGCGCCGACGCCGCCCGCUGCUCCCGGCGACGGUUCAAACGUGAACGGUUCAAUUGAUGUGAACGGUCCAAUUGAGAACGUGAACGGUCCAAUUAACGUGAACGGUUCAAACGCCGGCUACGGGUGGACGGGGGGCAAGCAGCCGUACGGGGGAAUCGGCGGCGGCGGCGGCGGCGAGGGCGAGGACGAGGGUGACGACGACGAGGACGAUCCGGGGUGGGAGGUCCUGGAGGAGGCUGAGCGCAGCGCGCGAGACACCGGUCACACCGGCGCGACGCAGAGACUCGAUUUCUCCACGCAGCGGCAGCAGGGGCAGUGGCAGCAGCAGACGCAGCAGACGCAACAGCACACGCGGCAACCGGCGGUCGCGACGGGUCCCGCCGCCGACGCGGAACCGUGCGGAUUUCGCGGGUGCGCCAGUGUCGGUUGCGUCGAUCCGGCGCACGCGCCCGCGCCGGUGGCCGCCGCCCCGUCCUCUUUUCGCGAACCCCUCGCCGAACUGGCGCCCCCCUCGCAACAAAACACCGCACUUCCCGGGCACGAGCGAUGGAACACGCAGCCGUCGUUCGUCGCGACCGCGUCGACGGCGGCGUGCGAGGCGUCGCCGGUUCUCUCCGCGGCGGAGGCGGCCCGGCGGCGGCUGCAGGAGCGCCUCUCGCAACGGCGCCAAUCGCAGGCGUCGCAGCAGACCCCUCGGCGGCAGACGCAGACACAGACGCAUACGCCUCCUCGCGACGACGCCCCGGAAGACGAGGCCGUGGCGACGACGCAGCGAUCCGUGGAGGAUGAGUACGAGGAGACCAUCGACGACAUCGCGUUCCAUCUCAAACAGAAGGAGCUCGUCGCGGAGGCCAGGCGGCGCAGCGGGAGCGAGUCCGCGGAGAGGGCCUCGCGCGAGAUGCCCCCGCCUCCUUCCAGGGCGCCGACGUCUGCCAGUCCGGCGCGGCGGAACACGCCCGGCGUUUGGACCCCCGCGACGGGAGGAGGAGGAGGAGGAGGAGGAGGAGGAGGAGGAGGAGGAGGAGGAGGAGGAGGAGGAGGAGGAGGCGGGUGGGGCUCGACUCCGGGCGACGACGAGAGGGAUUGGGGAUGGGCCGACGCGAGCCGGGGGGUGGACACGGGGGGAUGGGGUGGAGGCGGAGGGUCGGGCGGCGGGGGUGGAUGGGGCGCCACGCAAGAUGAGGACGGCGGGGGCGGAUGGGGCGCCACGCAAGAUGAGGACGGCGGGGGCGGAUGGGGCGCCACGCAAGAUGAGGACGGCGGGGGCGGAUGGGGGGCUGGCGGCGGGGGAGGAGGUUGGGGCGCCACGCAAGACGAGGAGGACGGCGGCGGCGGCUGGGGCGGCGGCGGGGGCUGGGGAUCCGCGGCGGGCGGCGGCGGGUUGGGGGGCGCCACGGACACGGGGCGUCGGGAGGACGACGAAACGGACGCAACCGCGAACGACUGGGGCCGGCCCGAAGCUCCCGCGUCGGCGCCGCCCGCGCCGACGCCGCGGCACCCGCAGCCGACGCCCGAGUCGGAGGACCUGAAGGUGAUCAGGCGGCGCCCUCGAGCCCGUCCGCCCUCCCCAAGCCCCAAACCCGCGCCCAAGGCUGAAGCGAAGCGCGUGCGCACGAAGAAGAUCGCCGACGGCGACCGCGGAUUGGCGGUCAAGAGCCGCAGGGAGCGUAACGUGUUUGUCGACGACGAGGCCGAGGGCGACGACGACGACGACGACGAGGCCGAGGGCGACGCCGAGGACGACGACUUCAUCGACGACGGCUCGCCGCCCGAGAGCCCGUGGACCCAGCCGGACGGAAGGAAAGGAAGUUACGGCGGCAGCGGCGACGAUGACGAUCAUCCGGGGAUGCAUCACCGCGGGGCGAUGCUCGAGGAGACGCCCGCCUUUGCGGCUGCGUUUGGGCGCAGGAGACAUGCACUCGCGGAUGUUCGGGAUACCCCGGAAGAAGAAGGAGUGACGCCCGCGGGUCAGUCCCAGUACGAGGGAUCCUGGAUCGUCGACGACGAGGACGACGUCGAGGAGGAAGUGGACGGAUCCGUCGAGGGUGGUGGGUGGGGAACGGGCGGCGGCGGGUGGUAG